GGCGAUGAGCUUGAACUCACACCUCGCCGAGUCGGGUGUCAGUAUCAUAUAAAAGCUGGGAGUCUCUCCGACAUCGGACACAGUGCAAGUUCUAAUUGCGAUAAGAGAAGUUUUACCCCUCCCAAACAAGCCAAAACCAGCAAAAAAACAUGAAGUGCUUCAUCGCCUUUGCCCUGCUCGUCGUGGCCGUCGCCGCCCAGAACAAGUACACCACCAAGUACGACGGCAUCGACAUCGACGAGAUCCUCAAGUCCGAUCGGCUGUUCAACAACUACUACAAGUGCCUGCUGGACCAGGGCCGUUGCACCCCGGACGCCAACGAGCUGAAGCGAAUCCUGCCGGAGGCCCUGCAGACCAACUGCGAAAAGUGUACCGAGAAGCAAAAGGACGGUGCCGUCCGCGUGAUCAACUACCUGAUCGACAACCGGUCGGCGCAGUGGCAGGUUCUGCAGAAGAAGUUCGACCCGGAGAACGUGUACAUCAACCAGUACCGCAACGAGGCCCGCGCCGCCGGAAUCAAGGUUUAAGCGAUGCGACGACCGGACCGGAAUACCUCUCUCACUCUCUCUGUAACGCUUCAAAAACGGACAUCCCUAGCAGACCAAAGUUCCAGAUUUUUUAUGUUGCAACGUUCAUGCGAUUCGCAGAAGCCUCAAGGAUGAGGGAUUUUCUCGUUUUUAAUUUUUUGUUUUGUUCAGCCUUUUCUAGGAAGUGAAUCGGAAAGCGUUUAAUAAAUGCAAAACGUUUAAGUUUUUUAUAUAAUUCAA